AUGUCAGACACAACGUCUGGAAGCAACACAUCAAGUUUAAAAACUAAAUUUGAUAACUUAACAGAGGAUGAAAUAAGAGGAUCAUUGACUGGAUAUGAAGCACAAACCCUUGAUGAAAUGUCAGAAAGAAAAAUUGAUGAAGAUAAGGCACAAGUAAUUGAAGGGCUUGCUUUAUCAGGAAUACAACCAGCAGAUUCAUACAGAUAUAUGUGUAAUGAAUCCGGUGACCCGAAAGUGCUUGGCCACACAUUAAUUGACCACAUGAAUUUUUCAAGUAGAUUGAAGAUGAAAACAAUAGAAGGAAAAGAUUCACAAGCAGUGGUGAAUAUGUUAAUUCGCAGAGGAGAAGAAGAACCGGAUUUUUUUUAUCGUGUUAAGUUGAAUGAGAAAAAUCAAGUUAUAGGCAUAUAUUGGAGAGAUGGAAUGAUGAAAGAAGAUUAUGAUAUAUAUGGAGACGUGUACACUUUUGUGUGGCUAUUGGAAGUAUUUCUAGAGUCUAUGGGAGAAAAAGCACCAGUAACUAUCUUCACUGAUCAAGAUCAGGCAAUGGCAAAUGCUAUUGAACAAGUAUUUCCUCAUACUAGACAUAGAUUAUGCUUAUGGCACCUACAAAAAAAUGUUGUGUCAAGGUUUGGAGAUUUAAAGGCUGACACGACAUUCAAGGAUACUUUUAAAAAGUGUUUAUAUGGCUGCUUCAAUGAAGAACAAUUUGAAACAACGUGGUUUGAAAUGAUUCAAACGUAUGGGCUUCAAAAUCAUGAAUGGUUUACAAAUUUGUACACCAUAAAGGAAAAGUGGUGUACAGCUUUAAACAAAGAUUUUUUUUCAGCUGGUAUUUUGUCUUCACAAAGGAGUGAGAGCACAAACAAUGCCAUUGGAUUUAAAGGGAACAAAUCAACUACCCUAACGGAAUUCUUCCAUAUAUUUGGGGCAACAGUAGAUCGGUGGAGGUAUCAAGAAGAUCAGAAUGAGUUUAAUUGCGGAAAUUCAAUGCCUAAAUUAGAUUUUCCAAUGGUUGGAAUGAUUAAACACGCGGCAAGUGUUUAUACGCUCACCUUGUUUCGAGAUUUUGAAAAAGAAUUCAAGUAUGCAAUGGGUUGCAUAUCAACUAUUCAUCACAUGGAGGACAAUUUCAUUGGUUAUAAAGUACAACACGAAUCAUGGCCAGACCACACUGCAAAACAUGUAGCAUUUGAUCCAUCAACCAAUUCAAUUGCUUGCAAUUGUAGAAAUUUUGAAGAAUCAGGAUGGCUAUGUUUUCAUGCAAUUCGAGUUCUACAUGUACAUUCUAUAAUCAAUAUCCCAGAGAAAUAUAUUUGCAAAAGAUGGACAAAGUUUGCAAAAAGUGAAGUAUGGAAGAGAGUGGAACAAAGAGAAGAUAAUGGUAUUGAAAAAAGAAAAAUCACUCCAUGGCGUUACGAGAUGGCAAGAAAUUUUUACAAUUUGGUUCUUAAAUGUCAGGACAGUGACGAGGCAAAAAAGGUUCUGAGAGCUGCUUAUGCAAGUGCUAGUGACAACAUAAAUAAAGUGCUAGAAGCAUAA